CAUCCCAGUAUUACAUAAACUCUUAGAGGCCACUAAAGAGUUCACAAGCGUGAAGCCUUGAAACCAGCGCAGCGGGUGCCGUCGCUUUAUAGGAAAAAAGCCACAGCCUUUCCCAGAGCCUGUCAGGGCCUUAAAGGUUCUGAGGGACUCAAUAUGGAGCGUGCGCCCUGCUUGCUGCUACUACUGUUACCGCUGCUGCUACGUGUUUCUGCGAACAUGCCAGAGCCCUGUGAGGUGGACGAGGAAGAUGUCCGCUGCUUUUGCAACUUCUCGGGACUUCAGCCCGAGUGGACCGAAGCAAUGCAGUGUAUGGUUGCUGUCGAGGUGGAGAUCCGUGGCGGCGGCCACAGCCUGGAACCGUUUCUACAGCGCGCCAAGGACUACGAAGAUCCGCGGCAGUACGCGGACAUGAUCAGGGCUCUGCGUGUUCGGAGGCUCACAGUGGGUGCCGCGCGGGUUCCUGCUCGGUUACUGCUCAGCGUUUUGCGUGUGCUAGGAUACUCCCGCCUCAAGGAACUGACGCUGGAGGACCUAGAGGUCACCGGCACUCUGCCGCCGCCGCCUCAGCCUCUGGAAGCCACCGGGCCUGCCCUCUCCACCUUGCGCCUCCGUAACGUGUCGUGGGCGGUAGGGGGGUCCUGGCUAUCCGAGCUGCAGCAGUGGUUCAAGCCAGGGCUCAAGGUACUGAACAUCGCCCAAGCACACUCUCUUGCCUUUUCCUGCGAACAGGUGCGCACCUUCUCCGCCCUCACCACCCUAGAUCUGUCUGACAAUCCCGGACUGGGCGAACGCGGACUGUUGGCGGCUCUCUGUCCCCACAAGUUCCCCGCCCUCCAAAAUCUAGCGCUGCGCAACACGGGGAUGCAGACGCCUAAAGGUGUGUGCACUGCACUGGGGGCGGCAGGGGUGCAGCUCCACUGCCUAGACCUCAGCCACAAUUCACUGAGCUCAACCGCAAGUUCCGACGCUCCCGAGUGCGUCUGGCCUAGCAAGCUAAACUCCCUCAAUCUGUCGUUCGCUGAGCUACAGCAGGUGCCUAAAGGACUGCCGGCCAAGCUCAGCGUGCUUGAUCUCAGCUACAACAGGCUGACUAGGGCGCCGAGGCCAGAUGAGCUGCCCCAGGUGGGUAACCUGACACUGGAUGGUAAUCCCUUCUUGGUCUCUGAAGGCUCUACCCUACAAGAAAACUUGAAGAAUUCGGGCGUGGUCCCAGACUGUGCACAUUCGCCCCUGUCACUGGUGGUGUCGGGAACUCUGGCGCUGCUCGGAGGGGCACAGGCCUUUCCCUAAGGCCCAAGGGAGAAUGGACUCAGAUUGUCCUGGCUUCAGGGGAGCCCCGUAAGGACAUUCAGGACUUCUUGACCAAGCAACCCUUUAUUAAAAUCUUUAGCAAUGGG